AUGAUUACCCCAUCAUACCGAAACUUCGUCGAGUAUCGUGCUCGAGCGAACCCAUGCGUUUCUCGUCUUUCAAAUUACCUUCAACACGAAUGUGUUGGUGAAAGCAAAGUUACAUAUCUUGACUACACCAAUCAGUCCUUGGAACCAAGACGCAUUGAUGUACCCGAGGACGAGAUUUCUCAGCUUUUAAACAUGUCACCGUCGGUUUCGACGCGAUUUGUCUUUGUUGAGAAUAUUUCGCCCGGUCUCAUGAUACUCCUUGGAGAGAAGCUAGAUAUCGAUCCUUUGUUCUUUGCGGACUAUAUUCAUGCUGCUUUCGCGAAUCUAGAAAAAACAUCACCGCCUCCAUCACUCGCAACCCUCCCGUCAUCCAUAGCAACAAGAGAUCAUAUUCAUCUUCACUGCCAGAAGGUUAUUGCUCUCGAGGGAACGGACGAUGAGCUGAAGAAAGCUCCAUAUGAUUUGAAAACAAGGUCAAAUGUUCCGCGUCAUGUCCGACGGUUGGUCACUCUUCCUGGUAGACGGCUGGCCCUAGUGCAAACGUGCUGUUCUUUCAUCAUCAAGAGCAUUGGAGAUAUGAAUAUUUGCCUAUUCCUCGUGGAUCCUCCUGCCACGUCUGUUGUUCAUUCACUUGGUACAGAUCACACAUCAAUGUACCAAGCCAGUAUUUCGCAUGGUAGCUUUGAAGACUUCCGAGCACCAGAGCCCUAUUCCACUUUCAAGAGAUCUCCUUCUGGUGAUACCUGGAAUAAGGCAUCAAUGAUGGAAAGCAUCAUACACUACCUCCAGGCUUGUCCACCGCCGGGAUUAGACUUGACCUCUCCGAGCGUACUAAGCAUUGGUUACUACCCCAUCUAUAUUACUUUGUCCGAAUGGAACAUCUAUAACUUCCUGAUAAGUCGGUGUUCUAAGCACUACCAGUACUCGGAUCAGCUCAAAGCAGGCCGUUUGCACGAUGAAGUCCUGUUGGAUCUCCAGCUCUGGAAAAGGCGCAACAGGAACAGCCACCGGAAACUCAACAUCCUAAGGGACGUUAUCAGCUCUCAUAUACUACCAAGCGACGAUGCUGCAGUUUGGAAUACCGUCCUUAACGACGUUAACUAUCUUCGUGACCAGCUCCACGACUAUAGUCAAUCUCUUGAGCAGAUGGUUAUGGUAGCGACGUCACUCAUUCAGCUACUUGACUCCCGACGUUCGAUCUUAGAGGCUAUAAACACAAAGCGCCUGACUUUCUUGGCGCUUGUCUUCUUGCCCUUUGCCUGGGUCUUGAGCCUUUUCAGCAUGUCUGAUGGCUACUCACCUGGCCACGAUCUCUUCUGGGUCUAUUUUGCUACUGCUUUGCCGGUACUCGCUGUUGUACUCUUACUGUCAGCACUUCCCUAUGGCAAGAUUGCGAUAGCUACCAAGUCAUAUAAGGCACGAGUCAGAAACCAUGGAAUGAGAGUUCUAGGAGAACCAGUCUAA